AUGAAGCUUGAUGACAAGAUCGAACGUAUUCUGAAGGGACUUCCUGACGAUUAUCGACGUGUGGUUGAUCAACUGGAGGGUCGUGAAAGCUCACCGGCUCUUCUCGAAGUUUUGGAGAAGAAGAUCAACCAAGAGAACAAGUUAAAAGCCGCGUUGGUCUCUUCUUCAUCCCUACCAGUGACUGCUAAUGCGGUCAAUGUUCGUGGUCAUCCUAAUAAUCGUGGUCAGUCCCGAUCGAAUCAUCGUAAUGGUCCGACUUGGCAGCAACAACUGUUUCAACCUCGUCACAUGCCACAACGAAGUUAUCAAGGUCGAUGUCAAAUUUGUGGUGUUCACGGACACAGUGCAAGAAGGUGCUCGCAACUUCAAUUUCAAGGUGGCCAAUAUCCUUCACUCUCUCUGUCUCUGAUGGCUCCAGUGCCAUGGCAACCACGAGCUAAUCUGGCUAUGACGGGUUCUCCAUCACCUAACAACCCUUCACUGCUCGAUUCCGGUGCUACACAUCACCUUACCACCGACUUGAAUAAUCUGGCUCUCCAUCAACUCUAA